CAAUUCGGCGUAGCUCUGCUCUUCCGGUUAGCUCUGGAGAGAUAGCGGACGAACGGCCGGAAAGAAAAUUACUCAUGUUUUUAUCUGAAAUCGUAGCAUAACUGUUUAGGAACGUGCUGCCGUGGGGUGUUUUUGGUCCAUAUUGAGGAGACGAAAAUGAUCCGCUUCAUCCUCAUUCAGAACCGAGCAGGGAAGACGCGACUGGCCAAGUGGUACAUGCAGUUUGAUGACGAUGAGAAACAGAAGUUGAUUGAGGAAGUGCACGCUGUGGUUACUGUCAGGGAUGCCAAACACACCAACUUUGUGGAGUUCAGAAACUUCAAGAUCAUUUACCGGCGUUAUGCUGGUCUGUACUUCUGCAUUUGUGUGGACGUGACCGAUAACAACUUGGCAUACCUCGAGGGAAUCCACAACUUCGUGGAGGUGCUAAACGAAUAUUUUCACAACGUGUGUGAACUGGACCUCGUGUUCAACUUCUACAAGGUGUACACGGUGGUGGAUGAGAUGUUCCUCGCCGGAGAGAUCAGGGAGACUAGUCAGACCAAGGUCCUUAAGCAGCUCCUCAUGCUCCAGUCGCUUGAGUAGAAACCGGACGACCAUCCUUCAAACCAAUCUGCUGCCCUGGCACCUGGAAAAGCCCACCAACACUAUCAGAACUUCAGGAGGGGGUUAUUUUAGAAAUAGAAAUACACAAUAUUGUUUACAUAUGGAUAUAUAAUGUAGAAGUCAAGUAAAACUUUGUCACGGCAAUCUAUAUGUUAAAAUACUCUGUAUGUAUUGUUCUCCUAAUGAAGUGACCCGAUACAAAGGCUGCACAUUUCAACAUGUCGACAUUUCAUAUACAGCCUGCGUUACAGUCAGCUUUGUAUUGGGCUAUUUCCCCCAAAGCCAGAGGCCCAAGAAAUGAGUUAUUUCAUGUAGUUAGUCGUUGCAUUUAUCUCUUAUUGAGUUUGGCUCUGCUCUCUUGUGCCCUCCUCCAUCUCCCUUUAUUAACCUCAACACUCAUUUAAUGGCACUACUGUAACUAACAAGCACCAUGUAUACAGACACGCCUGUAAUGAUCUGAUUUGCAUUGAGAACUUACAACCACCCGGCUGCAAAUUUCUAUGAAACCAUGCAAGGAAAGAUCCUUGUAAGAGUUGAGGCUCUCCAAGGCUACUCUGCAUUUUUAUACCUGGAUCACAGUACAAGCAAACUACAAGUAGAAAGCUCUUUAGAGCGAUUGACCCAGCUCGUUUAUAAUCGACUGGAGUGUACUUGGGAUGAGGGCCAUUUUGACGGUGUGUUAUGGCAACCUGUGCCGUGCCAGGUCUUCUCGUGGCUAAUGAUGACAAAUGGAGAAGUUGUAUCAGCUCAAGAUGGCUUCUGUAAUAGUUUUCAUAACAUUAAAACAAAAAAAAGAUAGCUCUUAUAUUAAAUGGUGCUUGUUGGUCACACUUAAAACACAAAUGCACUCAACGGAAUAAGACCAGGGCGUAGACGGUGUGUGUUUAUGGUAUGUACAUACAGUGUGUGUGGUUUUCUGUUCACAAUAUGGUCUGAGCGGUAUCCAUGUGUUUAAGGUCCAUAAAAUAAACAGUUUUUUAAAAUUCCUCUUAGAAGCCUCAUGAACAUGACAAAAGAAAAAAGGCCAAAACUCUGCCGGACUUAAAUGUUUAUGAAAUUACUUGUCACAUACUCUAAUUGACCAACAUCCCCUCAGAGGUUGUUUCAAAUGUCAAUGUUGUUAAACUCUUGUAUUUUUUUAUUUCAUGAUUAUAUGUUAUUAGUGAAUUAUGAACCGCUUCCCCUCAUCCACCUGUGUUUAUUGGCGGAAGAUGUGUGUGUGUAUCGUCUCCCAUUUGACUUCCCACAAUAUUAGAUCCCAUUAUAUGUAAAUAAUAAAACAGAUGACGUGAUACAUAAA